AUGAGCAAUGUGUCUGGAAACUUGAGUGGGUCAUCAAGGAGGAGGUCAACAGUUGUUGGUGUGCCAAAGAAAUGUUGGUGUGGCUUUGAUCUACCAAAGAUGUCAAAUUCAGUGAACAAUCCAUACCUACGUUACUAUCGAUGUGGCUGUCCUGUAGCAAAGAAGCUAGAAAAUGAUGACCAUGCUUUCAAGUGGAUUGAUGAAGGGUUACUAGAAAAGGUAGAGACAUUACAGAGAAAAUUAGGAAGACUUGAAGAAAUGGUCACAGAAAUUCUUGAAGAACGUGAACAAGAUGAGAAGAAGGCAUUUGAGAGGUUGGAUAUGAAGCUAGAAAAAAAGAUAUUUGAGAGAGUUGAGGCUGCAUUGGUGGAGUCGAAAGAGAGUGUGAAAAGAAUGUGUAUUACUGUGGCAAUUGGCUGUGUGAUUUCACUUGCUCUCAUGAAAUUUGUAGGUUGA